AUGGGAAAGAAAAAAACAUUAAAAUGUAACGUGGCGAUGGGAAAACAAGAAUUUUAUCCACACAACCUUAUGGCUCCACUAUUUUCCCCCUCCCCAGCCUCGCGCACAAAAUCCUACCAAAUUGUCGCUGGUUACAUUCUUCACCCGAAAUGA